AUGCCUAAGCGUCUGAUUGCCACGUCAUCGUCUUCUUCUUCUUCUUCUUCUGAAUCCAAAAUUGUCAAAGCUGAAGAUUCUGGAAAUUCUUCUGGAAAUUCUGAAAAUGCCACGUGGCGCCGCGACGUGGCGCUUAUUCAAAAAAUGAGAGCCGAUAUGGUGGCGCCAGUCGACACUAUGGGAUGCCAUAAGCUUGCCGAUCCAUUGGCAGAGCCAAAAAUUCAUCGUUUCCAAGUGCUCGUCGCCCUAAUGCUCUCCAGUCAAACUCGUGACGAAGUAAACGCCGCCGCGAUGAAACGACUCAAAGAUCACGGACUGUCGAUUCAGACGAUUCGGGCGUUUCCAGUGUCGGACUUGGAGAAGAUUUUGUGUCCAGUCGGGUUUUAUAAGCGCAAAGCCGUCUAUAUCCAACAAACGGCGAAAAUUCUAGAAGACAGCUAUUCAGGAGACAUUCCAGACACCCUAGAUGGCCUGUGCUCUCUGCCAGGCGUCGGACCGAAAAUGGCGAAUUUGGUGAUGCAAAUCGCGUGGGGAAAGUGUGAGGGCAUCGCUGUUGACACACAUGUUCAUCGCAUUUCCAAUCGAUUGGGCUGGAUCAAAACCACGACCCCCGAAAAGACCCAAAAAGCCCUGGAAUCUCUUCUCCCACGAAGCGAAUGGCAACCGAUUAAUCAUCUCCUCGUGGGCUUUGGACAGAUGCUCUGUCAGCCAGUCCGCCCAAAGUGUGCCACGUGUCUUUGCCGGCUCACUUGUCCCAGUUCGACAGCGAAAACCGGCGAAAAAGUGGAAAAAUUGGCGAAAAAAUCGAGAAAAACGGUCAAAAUUGAAAAGGAAGAUGCUUUCGAAGUCAAGGAGGAGCCCGAUUUUUAA